AUGUCGGACUCUGGAACUCAGUAUGGCGACUUCAAGCUUUAUCGCUAUGAUCCCAGCAUGGCUGCUGCGAUUAUUUUCAUAGUCGCCUUCAUUCUGGUGACUGCACUACACUUCUAUCAAAUGAUCAAGACGAAGACCUAUUUCUUCGUGCCGUUCGUGAUAGGUGGAUUAUUCGAAGUGAUCGGCUUCAUAGCACGCGCCAAAUCAAGCCAAGAAGCUCCCGACUUCAGUAUCCCUGCCUACUCGAUCCAGGCCAUUCUGAUUCUCAUCGCGCCCGCUCUGUUCGCUGCCAGCAUCUAUAUGGAACUUGGACGCAUCAUCCUCCUCACGGAUGGCGAGCAACAUAGCAUCAUCCCGAAGAAAUGGCUCACCAAGAUUUUCGUCAUCGGCGACGUUAUCUCCUUCUGUCUCCAGGCCGCAGGUGGUGGCAUCAUGGCAUCAGGCACACUUCAAGCGCUGGAGAACGGUGAACACAUCACCAUCGCUGGUCUCGUUAUCCAGAUACUGUUUUUCGGCUUCUUCGUCGUUGUCAGCAUUACCUUCAAUGUCCGCAUGAACAAGAUUCCUACCAGCCGCAGCGUGAUUUCGUUCAAUCCUUGGAGAAAGCAUCUUUACACUCUCUACGGAGGCAGCGCACUGAUUCUUAUCAGAUCGAUCUUCCGUUUGAUCGAGUAUGCUCAGGGCAAUGACGGAUACCUCAUCUCGCAUGAGUGGUUCUUAUACGUUUUUGAUGCUUGUCUCAUGCUAGCUACCAUGCUCCUAUUUGCCUGGUUCCAUCCCAGCGAGAUCUGGGCCAUGUUGAACAAGAAUGGUGGAAGGAUGGCGGUCCACGGUUAUAAGAUUGAAGCAGCGAUUCCUAUGGUUUGA